CAGGACUAGAGAACUUUGUCAGGCUUCAGGACUUCGCGCAAAGGAGUUUAUUUUCUAAGACGAAGGAUCUUUCUUGAUGAAUGGAUCCUUCUUGUUUCUCCACAGCUCAGCGUCUUUCGUGUAAAAUGAUGAAUCCGGAUAUGUUCAAAGCGUCUCCAACGGCUCCACCGCCCGCCAAGCCGAGUCGGAGUAAAUCAGAACACGUUAAGCCGGAGCUCGCGCAGGUGGUGGUGGACGCGAAGACCGGGAGGUCGUACUGUAAAGGAAAGCUUUUGGGAAAGGGUGGUUUUGCACGGUGCUAUGAGAUGACUGAUCUUGCAAACAACAAGAUGUAUGCGGUGAAGGUUAUUCCUCAAAGCAGAGUCUCAAAGCCACACCAGAGAGAGAAGAUCAUUAAUGAAAUCGAGCUCCACAGAAGCCUCCAACACAAGCACGUAGUGAAGUUUUCUCAUCAUUUUGAGGACCAAGACAAUAUUUACAUCUUCCUUGAGCUCUGCAGCAGAAAGUCUCUGGCACACAUUUGGAAAGCAAGACACACGUUGACAGAUCCAGAAGUACGUUACUACCUCAGACAGAUCAUUUCUUCACUCAAAUACCUCCACAACAAAGGCAUCCUCCACAGAGACCUCAAACUAGGAAAUUUUUUUGUGAAUGAAAACAUGGAGUUGAGAUUGGGUGAUUUUGGCCUGGCGGCAAAGCUGGAGACAGUUGAGCAAAGGAAGAAGACCAUCUGUGGGACGCCAAACUACCUUGCACCAGAGGUCUUAAACAGACAAGGCCAUGGGACCGAGUCAGAUGUUUGGUCGCUGGGUUGUGUAAUGUACACUCUUCUAUGUGGGAAUCCACCUUUUGAAACCUUAGACUUGAAAGAGACCUACAAGUGUAUUAAGGAAGUGAAAUACAGCCUUCCUUCAUCCCUCACUCCAUCUGCACAGAAGCUGAUCUCCUCUAUCCUUCAGAAAAACCCCUGCGACCGCCUUACGCUGGAUCAGAUACUGGCCCACGACUACUUCACAAAGGGUUUCACCCCAGAAAAACUCCCUCCCAGCAGCUGUGUGAUGGUGCCUGAGCUUAAUCCACCCAGUCCUGCCAAGAAGUUCUUCACCAAGAUGGCUAAAAGUCUAUUUGGCAAGAAGAAAUCGAAAACUGUUGAGAAGACCACUUCUGAGGAGAAGGAUGACAUUUCUAAACUGGUGUCAGGCAUGGUGAAACACUCCAUCGGUCGGCAAAUGAGCUACAAGACAAUGGGAGUGAAUGAGGCCACUUCUCCAACGGUUCAGCUGGUGAGCUCUGGGCCUCUGGACACUCCAGCUGAGGAAGAGUCCAGAAAGUCUGCAUCUCGAUCCUUCAAAGGCACUGUGGCCAGCAGCACUGAUGGUUGUGACGACAUCCCUACCCCUUCUGCUGUUGCCGAAUCUGCCAUGAAAGUUCUUAACAGCUGCUUGUCUUCCAUGCCAACAGCUUCAAGAAACCCUCCCUGCCUUGUUAAAACCAAGCCUUUCAUCUGGGUAACCAAGUGGGUCGACUACUCCAACAAAUACGGCUUCGGUUACCAGCUUUCCAAUCAAAACGUCGGCGUACUUUUCAACGAAGGCACUCAUCUGAGCCUCUGUGACCAGCGGAGGACUGUACAUUACUGUCUAACAAACAACAAACACUUCAGCUUUCCUGCUAAUGCGCUACCAGAGAAGCUUCAGAGUCAGAAACACAUUGUGGAUUUGAUGGCUAACUACAUGGAGCAGAACCUAAUGGAGGGUGGAGAUAUCAACUGUGAGGACCAAUCUUCUUCAAGCUCUUCUCCGCUGCUUCUGCAGUGGAUCAAGACUGAUCAUGCCUUAGUCAUGCUCUUUGACAACCGAACCCUACAGGUCAACUUUUACACAGACCACACAAAAAUCAUCCUGUGCAAGCCCUCGGACGCCUCAUACCUGGUGACGUUCAUCAGCAAGGAGCGUGUCUCUUAUUCCUACCCUCUGAACAUGCUUUCUGAACUGGGCUGCUCUCCAGAGCUCCGGCAGCGGCUUCAUUACGUGGUUCAGCUUCUUCAGCACUACACCAACGCAUAAUGAAGAUGGCCAAACUGCUUCAUAUUACCAUUUGCUGCUUAUUGCUUACUUUCGAGAAGCAAAAAAUGACUGACAAAGACUAAAAAAAAAAAAAAUCAGGAGAAGCUUCCAUGUUGCCACGAAGAUCUCCUGUCCUUGGUCAUCGGCUGGCCUCUUUGAACUAUGGUGCACUAUUUUUUUUUUCCUUUUCGUUUUUUUUGCAACUGAGCCUACAGUCUACACCAACAGUAUCACACUACCAGCUUGACUCACAGUGUGCACAACCAAAAUUUGAGCCUGUUCUUUUAUUAUUAUUAUUAUUAUUUUUAAAUUUUGGUUUAGUUUGUUUUAAAGCUGGACUAAAGUGCAAAUGACGUAAAAGGAGAAAAAAAACCUCACAGGGUUCUUAAGCGUCUUGCUUAUGUGUCCCAAACACUGCGCAAGAUGUGCUUGGCUUUUUAUGCUCGAUCACUUGGCUUUUUUUUUUUUUUUUAAAAGACAUUUUAUUUCACUAAGUAGUACACAAACGAGAAGAGCUACGAACACCAAAUGGUUCAACUUUUAAUGAGAUUAGUUUUAAAGAAGGCAGAGGUGAACGGCUGAGGUGGAAUUGUAAUUCAUGGAGGAGCAGUUUGAAGUGGAAGUGACUGAAAAAAGUGCCUUUCUGAUGGAUUCCUCUGUGCAAUAAUUAAUAAUAAUAAAUAAUAACAACAAUGGCCCUGAAUCUCAAGCUUAAGUCACAAAGGGAAUGAGAGAGGGCCUUUACAUAGUCUUCGGUUUUCCAAGCGAAUUAGGCAGGAGUUGGGAAAGAAACACUACAAAUACACACCUGAUAUAAGCUUUCUGCUCUUAAGUGAUUAUAUCCUUAAUGUCUGUACUUGAGGAGAAAAAAAAUAGACUAUGUAUUCAGUGUGCCUCCAGCUUUGUUUACUUGACAUGCUCCAUUUAUAAUAGGUAAUCAUAAUGUCCUCAAAACUGUGACCAUGGCUGUAAGUGUUAAACAAGUGUUCUGAAAACCAACAUUGUGAAAGCCAUUACCCUCUCAGACAAAUCCUAACUAGUAUUAUUAAUUAAUUGUGGCACGUGUUCUAUUUAUUUUUUUAUUUAUAGUUUUUUAUUUAUUGAUGUAAGAUAAUUGUACGGUGUCAACACUGGGAAAUGUUCAGUAUGAUCACUUUUUAUGUAUUGGGAGAGGGGGGAAUAAAGUUUAUUGAAAAUA